AUGAUUCGACAGGUAGAUUACUCUGCAGGCCAUGGGGGAGGCAGCGGCGCGGGCGCCUCUGCUGCUGCCUAUCACGCAUCGCACGCCAUUCAGCCUCUGAAUCGACCUGUUGUGCCCAUUGUAUCGCAACCUCUGAGCAAACCCGUCAAACUACCGCCACAAUACCGUCCCAGGAAGCCACGAAAACAGGUCAAUGUCGCGUGUCAGCCGUGUCGGAAGCGAAGAUCAAAGUGUACGGGCACGGCGCCAUGCUCACGUUGCGAAGCAGAAGGCAAUGAGUGCGUCUUCGAUGGACGUAAAGACGCACAAGAACGCAACAGAGAGCUACGAAAUGCCGAAAAGGCCUUAUCCAAAGUGUUUCGCGUGCUGAAGAAACUCGAAGGCGGGGAUUCGACGUCGACGGCUGCGUUUGCUCAGAUCAGACAGUUGGCACAGAACACCACCGAGUUUUCUGCUUUCGCUCGUGAUCUUUUCAAUUUGGACGACAAGACGAAUACCAGCUUUGACUUUGCGGAUUAUGACGACCCAGGGUCAAUUGUACCGAAACUGGAGAACGAUGCCCAAGAUUCAACAAGUUGGUCGAAUAUUUCACCAGCACAUACUGGUGGAUACAUACUGCAGCCGCAAUCAUCCAAUACUGCCAGACAGAGCCCGCCAGAAAUCCAAACGAACGGGACCGCAUUAACACACUCACGGAAAAUGUCUAGCUGCCCAAAUAAACAUGCUGGACAAGCGAGCGUGGGCUUCAUAUCCGACUUUGGCAACUUACCGUUUUCGAGUGCCAUCAAGGCUAAUGGCUACCCGGCCCACAUCCAACAUCAGCAAUUACAGAACCUUAGUACCUCUGCUGAAUACAGCAUGCUACCACUUCAUUCGAACGAACACGACGCACUCCUCGGCAAGGCAUAUCUGAGCUUCAGGGACGCGACGUUGCAGAUGAUAGCUGAUGGGAUGAACGCCCGCGAUGUCCUCGGAUCGCCAGAUUACGUCAACCUGGACCUCUUCUUCCGCGACCGCGUGCCCACGGAUGGUCACUCGGUCGAUACCUUUGUCUGCGAAAUAUUGAAAAGUCUUGCAAACCCGGAUCUCUACGCAAAACUGGCUACUGUAGUCUUGCUAGGACCUUUGAUGAGAUGGAUCUUGUUCCCCACAUCAGAGCAUUAUCGAAGGAUACCAGCACUCAUGCGACCUUUACCCAGUCAGAGAUUCAUACCGCACAGUCCGGCUCUCGAUCUCGCGCCUCACCCAGCAAUCCGCGGCGUCCUAAUGUCCGCCUUCAACACAGAAUGGUUGACACCAGAAAAUCAAAUUACAGCAGCACCUAUAGUAAACUGGCCUUACCAACUAGACAAGGCCGUCUGUCACGAUCCAGUCGCCGGAUGCCUGCGCUUUACAAAACAAUUCGAAGACCACGUUUGCGAACCCACGAAUUGGACUUUCUCGAAACGCGCGCUUGAGGUGUUCCCCACUAUAGGGGAGCACGGUGCUAUCUUUGCUCUUAGGCCUGGCGAAGAGUGA